AUGCACACACCAUGCACCAACACCCAAGGACCCCUCGCAACCCUCCCUAAAGAACUAUACAUCGCAAUCUCCGACUUCCUCCCCUUACUCUCCGACUUCAACGCCUUCACGCGCACAACCACAACAACCCACCUCCUCCUAAACAAAACCCUCUACAAGCGCGAUGCAACAUCCACAAGCCCCAAAUCCCUCUUCCACGCCUCAAAAGCCGACACCCCAUCAACAGCGCUAAAAGCCCUCUCCGCCGGCUUCGACAUCCACUCAAGAACAGACGCCGACCCCCGAAUAAAAGGCUGCACCCCAAUCCUCCUAGCCGCCUUCCACAACAGCAUCAAAGUGCUAAAAUUGCUCCUGCUCGACCCAGACGCAAACCCAAAUACCCGCGACAGGAAACUGUUCCGGCCGCCGCUGUCCUGGGCUGUCAAAGAAGGCCACGCGACUGUCGUGCAGACACUGCUCGAGGACGACCGCACCGAUGUCAAUUUACAGGAUAAGGCGGGUGACACGGCGCUCAUGAUUGCCGUCAACCACCAGCCGAAUAUGAUGACGUUGCUUCUGUGCAGUGGGCGGGCGGAUCCGCGCGUGGCGAAUAGACAGGGGUGGACGCCGCUGGGUCGGGCUGCGCGUGAUGCGGAUGGGGAAGUGGGGCUGCUGCUUGCGCGGCAUUUGCGGUUGAUUCUUGAGGGCGAUGAUGGUGCUGAACAUUGUCAGCAUGUGUUUUUCUACGCGGCUAUUAUGGGUCAUGUGGAGAUUGUGCAGUAUUUGGUUAAGUACUUUGGAGAAAAGCUGGAUCCUAAUGCUGGAGGACAGCAGUAUGGGCGGGGCGCAUUCUCUAUUGCGGCUUCGGCGGGAAGAGUGGAUGUUGUCCGGUUUUUGUUGGAGUGGGAUGUUACAAAUCCUAAUUUGCAGACGCAUUGGAAGAGGCAGACGCCUUUGUUUGCUGCUGCUGAGAAUGGGCUUGAGAGUAUUGUGGGGCUGUUGGUUGGGUGUGAGAGGGUUGGGUUGGAGAUUGCCGACAUGCAUGGGACUACGCCGUUGGGAGUUGCGGCGGAUAGGAACCAUGAGGGGAUUGUGAAGCUGUUGCUGAGUGGGCCUUGGCGGGCUAAUCCCAAUGCCCGUGACGAGAACGGUCAGACUCCGCUGUUUAAUGCUGCUUUUUACGGUCAUCUAGGUAUUGUGAAGCUACUGCUCGAGGCUGACGGGAUCGAUCCUCAGUUGGGCGAUGCAGAUGGGAAGUCCCCUUUAAUAGUGGCGUUGGAGAAUGGCUAUGGGCAGGUCGUGGAGGCACUGCAGAGACACAUAGCCAAUACUUCAUAA